AUCAGUAGAGAAUCGACUUUUGGAGCGAAAAGACGCUAAUACUACGAAAGCACUGCAAUAAUAAACAAAUAGCAAAACAACUACAACUAAAUCAAUAAAAAGUGUGCCAAUUAAGAUAUUCAACUGAAAAAGAGAGAAAUUUCCUGUGAAAUUGAAAAUAUGAAAUCGUUUCGGAAUACUUUCGUGCUUGCCUUAAUAAUAGCUGGCUGUGCGACACUUAUUGCUGCUUUGCCACGACCCGUUAACGAUCCCAAUGCCGAGUACGAGUUGAUAAGCGGUGGCGCCCAGGUAGGUCCUAAGCCCACUUUUGUGCCCGUUACACGCAAACCUUUGAUAAUCAACACGCCACCGCCGACUCCAGCCAACUCGAAGAAUUUCGCUUUUGAUCCGAUCACCAAAACAUGGACCCUAGUGAAGAAAGACGAUCCCAUACCAUCGGAAGGCACACUCUUGUGGAACCAAAGCAACGACAAAUGGCUGACCGAAACAGCCAGGCGCGUCUAAUGAAGCCAACCACAUUUAUGAAUAAUUAAAAGCAAUUGUCGAAACAAACACAUUUUUUUAUUUUUUAUUUAUAAGGUCAUAUGCAAAUGUUUAUUGGUGGCAAUAUGUGUUAAUGUUUUAUUAAUUGAUCUACACACACACAUAUACAUAUACAUCAAUUUGUUUUUGUUAAUCUUUUUAUUAUUGUAUAUUUGUUGUAUCAGAAAAAAACAAAGAUUCAUUGCACUUUAUAUUUCGAUUCGUCAGUAAAUACGAGUAUAUUGACAUUUAACACA